AUGAGUAGAAAACAAACAAGUUCCAAGUAUCAUUUAAAAUAUAUCUCACCUUAGAUCACCCCAGAUUGCAAAAUCUAUCCACAAGCAAAGUAAAGACUCAGAUUCUAGUUCCUCUGAGAGGAGGUAUGGCAAAUUUUGGAAACCUAAUGAGGAUUCAUUAUUAUUGGAAUUGCAUAAUCGGCAUAACGGAAACUGGAAAUUAAUUGCUGAGGGCAUUCCAGGACGAAAUCUUAGUUAGUGUUAAUAAAGAUGGAAGAGAAUUAAUCCAAAUAAAGUAUUUUUGCAUCUAUUUUUUGAAUAAACUCCGAAAAUAAUGGACAGAUUUGGAAGACCAAGAAGUUAUAAGACUAGUUAAUGAGCAUGGGCGGAAUUGGAAAUUUAUUGAAGG